CUUCGUGGAAAAACGCACAUUAAGUAAUUAUAAAGUAAUAACGUUGCAAUUACAGGCAUUGAAUAAUGGCAUACAACCCAGGUUACGGUCAGCCUAACUACGGUGGCCAACCCGCUGGCCAACUGGAAAUUGGCCAUGGUCCAUACCCAUCUGUUGGACCUACAGGUGGGGUAUCACCACAAGUACAGCAGUGGUUUGCAGCGGUAGAUAAAGAUCAAUCUGGAUUCAUAUCAGCAGCCGAAUUAAAGUCUGCCUUGGUGAAUGCUCAAGGCCAAAACUUUUCGGACACUGCAUGUCUACUGAUGAUUGGAAUGUUCGAUAAGGAUCGUUCCGGCCAUAUAAAUCUCGAGGAAUUUGACAAACUGUACACAUAUAUAAACCAAUGGCUUGCUGUUUUUAAAACAUAUGAUACUGAUCAAUCUGGGCAAAUUGACGAACAGGAAUUGUCCAAAGCACUGACGCAAAUGGGAUUCCGAUUCACGCCAGAAUUCAUCAAUUUCUUAUCGAAGAGAAGCGAUCCGAAAACCGGAAUGAUAUCAGUGGACAAUUUUAUUGUAUUAUGUGUUCAAAUGCAACGUUUCACUGAAGCUUUCAGAGUGCGAGACACACAACAGAAUGGAACUGUUACAAUUGGCUUUGAAGACUUCUUGAAUGUAGCGCUUAGUUGCUCUAUAUAACACAAAAUCUCAUUCAGAUAUCUAAUGAAUCUUCACUUAGCUAUAAAACAGAAAAAUGGGUUUAAUAAACUGCACAUGGUUCUCAUGGAAGCCUUUUUUAUUAAUGUUGGCUACAAAAGCGAGCAAACCUCAAGAUUUUCUUUAAUUUUACAAUUGACAUAAACCAUUGCUUUAAUUUUUUAUUCCAUAGCUUAAAGCUAGAUAAACAAAUAAAUGUAAGAUCUGUUAAUAAAAAAAACUUAAAAACA